AUGUUUAAAGACGACGCGGACGAUAAUAGCAGUGAAGAAAAUGUGGUGGCCCCCGAUAUGAAGCCUUUCGAAAAACGGGGGUUCACAGUAGGCAAUUUUGCAUUUUACCCAGGAUGGACAGAACGUUUCAACACAGAUAAAGUGAGAAGAAUCAUAGAAACCACAAUCAGAGACGAAAUGACUUUCGAGGAAUACAGUGAGAACUUCGCAGCAACUGUUUGUGUGAAAAUCGCAAACCACGUGAGAAAAGAGGUGAAAAGUGUGGUGAACCCCAAAUUUCGGAUUGUGGUGCAUGUGGUGGUCGGUGGGCUCCUGAACGGGUUGGGAACGACUGGGGCUGUCAGGUGUCUCUGGGAUCCCAAAACGGACUCUAUGAUUUUCGAUACGAUGGAGACUGAUAACUUUUUCUGUUGUGUUAGCGUGUUUGGCAUUUAUACCCAAUAG